ACAGCGGGUGUGUCCAUAUCUUUUGGCCCCAUACACCGGAAGGGAGUAGUGCCUGCCUGUCUGUCUCUCUCUGUUUAUGACAGUGUGUAGCGCUGUUGGAGAGGUAGAGCUGCCGGUGUUUGCGAUGGGAGUCACAGCUAACUAGGAAGGGCGACUCUGUCUUUAAGUGUGGCAGAAAUCGAAACAAGCAACUGUCAGUGCUAUCGCUGUGUAGCUUCGCUGGUUAAGCGGGACUACAGGGCAUUUCAAUAUGGAAUUUGUAAAACUAAUUCUUCUGUUUUGCUGCCUACACGAUAUUGCAGGUCAGUUUGGGAACCCUUUGAACAAGUAUAUUCGCCACUAUGAGGGUUUAUCAUAUGACACAGAAGCCCUGCACAGCCGUCACCAGAGAGCUAAAAGGGCGCUCUCUCCUCAAGACAGCACCGUGGACCUGGACUUCCAUGCACACGGAAGACAUUUUAACUUGCGGAUGAAGAGGGAUUCAAAGCUGUUUUCUCCAGAUGUUGUCAUUGACGUGUCAGGGGAGGAGAACCUGAUUGAUACAUCACAUAUUUAUAGUGGAGAACUGUAUGGUGAAAAGGGCACUAUGACACAUGGCUCUUUGGUUGAUGGGCGGUUUGAGGGCUUCAUUAAAACCCAACAAGGAACAUACUAUGUUGAACCCUCAGAAAGAUACCUACAGGACAGGAGUGUGCCCUUCCACUCUGUCAUUUAUCACGAAGAGGACAUCAAUUACCCUCAUAAGUAUGGUUCAGAGGGUGGCUGCGCGGACCACUCUGUGUUUGAGAGGAUGAAGAAGUACCAGGCAUCAGCAGAAGAGCCAGCCAGAGAUGUGAAACGCGAAGAUGAGGAAUCUAAAGAUAUUCCUGUCAUUUUGAGAAAGAAGAGGGCGACGGGUAAAGAAAAAAACACCUGUCAGCUCUACAUCCAGACUGACCAUUUCUUCUUCAAACGCUAUGGCUCAAAGGAGGCUGUCCUUGCUCAGAUCUCCAGCCAUGUAAAGGCUAUUGAAACUAUUUACCAGGGCACGGACUUCCAGGGAAUACGUAACAUCAGCUUCAUGGUGAAAAGAGUCAGGAUCAAUACCACAGAUGACGAAAGAAACCCCAGCAAUCCUUUUCGCUUUGCCAACAUCGGAGUGGAGAAGUUUUUGGAGCUAAACUCUGAACAGAACCACAAUCAGUACUGCCUGGCCUACGUCUUUACUGACAGGGACUUUGAUGAUGGCGUGCUUGGCUUGGCGUGGGUUGGGGCUCCCUCAGGAAGCUCCGGGGGAAUUUGUGAGAAGAGCAAAAAAUACUCAGAUGGAAGGAUAAAGUCUCUGAACACUGGUAUCAUCACAGUGCAGAACUAUGGCUCACAUGUCCCCCCCAAGGUGUCACACAUCACCUUCGCUCAUGAGGUCGGACACAACUUUGGCUCACCUCAUGACUCUGGGAGCGUAUGCACCCCUGGAGAGGUUAAGGAGCAAGGACAAAAGGAGAGAGGGAACUACAUUAUGUAUGCCAGAGCCACAUCAGGGGACAGGCUCAACAAUAACAAGUUCUCAAGCUGCAGCAUCGGGAAUAUAACCGCUGUUCUACAAAAGAAAAGAGACGAGUGUUUUGUCGAGUCUGGCCAUCCUAUCUGCGGUAAUGGUCUGGUGGAAGAGGGAGAGGAGUGUGACUGUGGCUACCAAGACCAGUGUAAAGACCAAUGUUGCUUUAGUGCAGAUUCAGGGGAGGGCGAAAAAUGCAAACUUAGACCCGGCAAAGUCUGCAGUCCCAGCCAAGGCCCAUGUUGCACAACAGAAUGUACUUUCAAGACCAAUAGUGAGGUGUGCAGACCAGAUUCUGAGUGUGCCAAUGAGGGCAGGUGUGGUGGAAAUACUGCACUGUGUCCUGCCUCACAGCCAAAGGCGAAUUUCACCUCUUGUCAUAAAGAUACACAAGUUUGCAUCAAUGGGGCCUGUACUGGUUCUGUUUGUGCAAAGCACGGACUGGAGGUAUGUAGCUGUGCUAAGGAGGAUGACAAGGAUGAGGCAACUGACCUGUGCCAUGUGUGCUGCCAGGACAAAACGAAUCCCAGCACCUGUAGCAGCACAAGGUCAGAGAGAUGGGCCCAGUAUUUCGAUAGGAAAGUGGUGACGCUGCAGCCUGGCUCACCCUGCAAUGACUUCAAGGGAUACUGCGAUGUGUUCAAUAAGUGUCGCCUGGUGGAUGCCGACGGGCCUCUUGCAAGGCUAAAGAAAGCCAUCUUUAAUCCUGAUUUCUAUAAUGGUAUUGCAGACUGGAUAGUGGCCUACUGGUGGGCGGUGCUGUUGAUGGGUAUUGCUCUGAUUAUGCUAAUGGUUGGCUUCAUCAAGGUCUGCAGUGUCCACACACCCAGUAACAACCCCAAGCUUCCUCCACACAAGCAUGUGUCUGACACCCUGAAUACCCUGAGACGGCGGCCCCCAGCAUCACAGGGCCAGCGCCAAGCUCAGGGCCAGCGCCAAGCUCAGGGCCAGCGCCAAGCUCAGGGCCAGCGCCAAGCUCGGGGCCAGCGUCAGCAGCAAAGAGAGCAGUAUCAAAUGGGACUGCUGAGAUAAUGAGGCAAAAGUCCGCUUGUUGCCUUGGUUCUUCUUCGUGCCUACAAUCGGAGCACCUUACUCCAAAGAGUUACCUUUACCACUUAUUGCAGAAUUCUGAGAACUUGCAACUGAAACAUUUUUACUGGACAAAACCUGAUGUAUUUUGGGGUCUAACAAACUCACUCACCUCUGCUCUAAGAGCAAGACUAGCAGUGGUUCACUUAGCUUUUAUAGGAAAUACAUUUUUCCAAGGAUGAACGGGGGAGAAAUUCACUGAUCUCCGUUAUUUAGUCUUAAUCUUGUUUCUUUUCUUUUUUUUAAACCUUUGAAUUUUUUUUUUCUUUUUUGUGGAGGAGAGAGAAGCAAAUUUAUUAGUUUUUUCACGAGUUUCUGCUGCCAAUCAAAAACAGAUCUGAGACUUUUUGUUUGAAAAGAACCUGUUUUUCUUUUGCCAAUGUGAUACCUUUUCCCCCAAUACAUAUAAUAUAUUUUUGUUUUUGUUUGUAAGGCAUACUUCUGUUCCUUCUGUGUGCAACUGUAUAAAUGUUUAGGUAGUUUUGUCUUUUGUUUCGCAUGAAUUUAUUUUUCUUUGAAUGGAGAUCGUUCACGGUUUUAAUUCAUCUUCUCAGGAUCAAUAAAACGACAGAAUACAAGUGUAAAAGACGACUGCUUGACUGGAAGAAUGUAGAUAAAUGAGCUCGAUGAGACCAGUGAUUCAUCUGGUGUUCUGUGUAUUUGUAGUUGUGAUAUGGUCUGCAGAUGUGUUUACAACAAAAUACUUGGGGUGGAAUCGAAUGAUGAGAAAAUAGCUUUUAUUAAACUGAUUGUAUCACACUUGUAUUCUGUAAUAACUCUUUUUACCUAACUGGUUGCUUUGACUCUGAACUGUGAAACAACCACUUUGUGCUACAUGUAGAUCUUUACAUUCAGAAAAAUGAAAGCAAAAACCAGAAUGUGUUAAACCAAACUCACAGUACAAGUGUACAGAAAUGAUCAGAGGAGAGAAGAGUCCUGGUUUGACUGUCGUGUCUUUUAAUUCUUGUCAUCUGUCCAUCACACAUUAGCAGUUAAAGACAAAAUAAAACCACUCAAAUGCAGUCAGGCCUUUGUACCCAGGUAAGGAACCUGCCCAGAUUUAAAUGUGGUUUGUUUUUUGUUUUUUUUGUUUUUUGCUCUUAAUGCUUUUUAAUGCAGUUGAGAUUGUUUCUAUUUGUGCAUGGAGUUGGGAAAUCUAGCGAUUCUAAUUGUAUUAUUGCUUUGUUGCUGCUGUUAACAGAUCUUUAUCGGAGUGAACAAUCACAACGCAUCAGCCAUCCACUACUGUUCUGUCCUUCUUUUUCCUACUGAUUGGGGAUUUUGUUAACCUUUGUUACUCCCUUUGGUUUUGUGUGAUUACAUUAAAUAUGUGCCUACUCAGAGCAGUGUGACUGAAGUUGAUGUACAAGUGUCAGCGAUCGUUACUGAAGACUGAAACGAGGUCUGUGUGAUGCAACUUAGAGCAUAGCAGUGCCUGACUGUAGACACUCUAUCAGCCAGCACGUGAAGAAUCCAGUUUUGCACACAAAUAAAGAAACUUUUCUUUGGCUUAACUUGAGCAGUAUUCAGUAAGUGUAAUUUUAGGUUCUUUUCAGAUGAAUAGAUACAGAAUAGAUGCAGAACACACAAACAUGAUUUGUUGACUACAUAACAUAUGUUUAGUAGAAUAAAAGAGAUGCUCUCUCAAAUGAGCUCUGUUGAGCGCAGCUGCAAUUUAACAUUGUUUUAUGUGCAAGAUGCCAGGAUGUCUUACAGACCAGAUUCUAUGCAGAGCUUCACAGAGUUUUACAAUUUGGCCUUCUCAGUGAGAAAUGCCUCCAGCGUGUCCUGCUGAGAGGGUACACGGAAAACCAGUUUCGAUAAGAAUUGUCCGUGUGCUGCAGCAAAGCUUGUGAACAGGCAGAAAUGCAAUUCUUUUGCUCCUUUUUCUUCUGUUCUUUGUCUUUUUGGUGCUACUAGUUAUGCUUUUUGUUGCGAAUGAGAUUUUCUGUGGCUUUUUUUCUUUUUAAAAAAAAAGGCUUUUGUCUGUUUGAGAGACGCUUUGCUGAAACAUACGUAUCUUUUUUUUAUAUAUGUAUGAUGUGGAUACUUGGUGUUGAGGGUUAAUACUCUGGGAUUUUGUUUGUUGAUGUUGAUAAACUGCACUGAAAUGUAAGUGAUGUAAACAGAAUCCAUAAUGUUAUAGAUUCAUUACUACUGUCUGACUUAAUGCAUUGUCUUUUAUACUGUGCCUUCAAAUUGUCUGGGUUUUUUUCCCCCCUUCUUUUUUUUCUGAUUCUCACCCUGCUUGAUUUGAAUAUUUUACUACAUUUGCAAAGGUGGAAAUGUAUAAUUUCUUUCAAAUUACUUGAACUGCAUUAAUAAAAUUGAAUAUACCAAA